AUGCCGCACGCGACCCAUGAACCAAGAAUACCUGCUUCGGCCUCUGGUCCACGUCGAAUUGUGCUUUGCUUCGAUGGCACAGGCAAUCGAUUCCAGGGAAAUGAGUCUGACACAAAUAUCGUGAAAAUCUAUCAGAUGCUAGAAAGACACUCUCCUGGUCAAUUCCACUACUACCAGCCGGGUAUUGGCACCUAUGUUAAAGGCGAAAGUUCAAGUGGAAACCUCUUGACUAUUUGGCCCAAGAUCAAAUCCAGUAUUAUCACCACUGUCGACCAGGCAGUUGGAUCAUCGUUCCGAAGUCAUGUCCUGGCCGGUUACCAGUUCGCAAUGCGCUAUUAUCUUCCUGGGGAUCACAUAUACAUUUUUGGGUUUUCACGCGGAGCAUAUACAGCUCGCUUCCUUGCCGAAAUGAUUCAGGAUCUUGGUCUUCUUUCUCAGGGAAAUGAAGAAAUGGUCCACUUUGCAUGGGAGACAUUCAGCAAUUACCAGCAAUCACGCGCAAAUGACCCUCCCACUGCCAAAGAAAUCAAACUGCAAGACUAUCUGGAGAAUUUCAAGACUACAUUCUGCCGCCCAGAUGUAGGGGUUCAUUUUCUCGGUCUCUUUGACUGUGUGAAUAGUGUUGGUCAGUUUGAGAUUCCGUUCUACCGUACCUCCUACAAGGCGAUUGCCAAUCCCGCUGCUCGCCAUAUCCGACAUGCGGUGUCUAUCCACGAGAGAAGGCUAAAGUUCAAGCCUGCACUCUUUCUUAUGGACACAGACAAAGACCCCGUGGACUUGAAGGAGGUGUGGUUUGCUGGUAAUCACUGCGAUGUUGGAGGCGGAUAUGGGCUUCAGCGUGGUCAGAAACAUCUCCUCUCAGACACUCCUUUGAACUGGAUGAUUCAAGAAGUUCUGAAUUUGGAGGGCUCAAAGAGCAAACUAACAUUCCAGACGCUCAACGUUGAUGAUGUGGUAAAGAGAGAGAAUGCCUUCCCCGGAAAGGAGGAGCCUGGCACCAAUGCGUUUGAAGUUCGAAGGGAAACUAACCAGCCACACGACACACUGCGAUUUGGAUAUGGAACCUUCUUCGUGAUGGUCAUUAUGUGGUGGAUUCUAGAAUGCCUUCCAAUCUUCACUCGGCUCGAGUUAGAAAAAGGAAAAUGGGUUCCUCGUCGACUGCCCCCCAAUCUCGGUGCCUCGCGGGAUCUACCUAUAGAUGCCGAGAUUCAUCCAAGCGUAAAUGAAAUGAUUCGAGCCGGCAUUUUGAAGGAAGAAUCGAUACCCGUGCGAGGCGGGGACAACUCGCAUCUGCCUAAUGUAGCUAACAUCACGUAUGCGUGGACAAGGAUGAGAAAGAGCAAGACCAAACAGGCUGUGAACGGGAAGAAGGGGGCUUGA